AUGGCAGAGGAUCUCCGCCCUCCAGAUCCGCGGCAGAACCCAGAAUGUCAUGAGGUGAACCACAAGGAAGUUUUCGAGCUGAGGCAGGUCAGAGAUAUGUAUGUCCUACGCAACGUGCAGACCAACGAGGCGCAUAGUUUCAGCUUCAAGGUGCGCCUGCAUUUUCGCGAAGAGCGUGCAUACAUCAGCGACUCUUUGCGCCAGACAACCUGGUGCAGCCAGCUCAUGUGCUGGUCUGUCUGGGCCGGCGGCGACUCGCUGCAGGGCCGUCGCUUCGUCUGCAGAUUGCACAGCGACGCUGAGCUGGAGAGAUGCUGGCUCUCUGACUUCCAGAUGCAGAAAAAACUUUUCUACAUCGACAAGGUUCUGGCAGGUUGGACAGAAGGUUCCUUCAUGCAAGCCGUGGCCUUGCAAUUCACGGCACCUUACGGAGACACAGGGCAGCAAGCGUACUGGGCACUGGAACCGUGGCUCCCUCCCGCAAGCAAAGCGAAGGCCCGAGAUCCAGUGAAACACAUUGCGAAGAAGCUUAAAGGUUCGUGGACGGCCCUUUUCGAGCGCCAUUGCUGCAGCGUGAAGAACCAUGUGAUUUGGCCGGAGCGAGCCCGUGGCGACAAGGAAGGUCCAUGCCGUAUGCAUAUCCUUUUUGUUAGCAGCAAGUUCCUGCUGACGUUCCUCCUGAACCAGGCCUUGAAAGGCGAUUUUCAGGACAGUGCACGGCGCAUGCUCGCGGGUUUCUUGAAGGAAUUUGCCGGAGGGCGUUUUAACCUGAUCCUGGAUGCCAGCGUCUCUGAUCCGCAGCAAGUGUCUGCCAUUGAGCGAGGCCAGAAAGUGCCUGUGGUGGAUGGACGAGUGGACUUGAGCAGCUUCUUUUCCGACAACGAUGCUGUAGCAGAUCGCAUGGCUGCGGAAACUGGCAACAGGCGCAAACAGAUGCUGCCACCGAAGUUGCGAGAGGAGCUGCCCCUUUGGCAGGUCUUGCUUGAGCUCCACAGAGUACAGCAUUUUCAUUGGUUAGAGCAUCAGAUAUGUGAGUCUAUCUGCAAGCAAAUCAACUGGGAGCUCUGCGUCAGAAAGCUCCCCACAGAGCCGGCUGCUUCCCUUGAUUUUACAGACAGGCAGGCGGAGGCGAAGGAGGGUGUUAACGUCGUGCGUCGACGCACUCGUGAUUUGCGAGUGGCGGCCCAAGCAAGCAAGUUGUGGCUGAGUUCCCAAGAUAAGAGGAAGGAGCGGAGCCAGUAUCUUUUGUCGACCCGGGCUCACUUCCGGGGUUCGAAGCGGGUGGCAGUGGCUUUGGACGCCACCCGAGCUGGGGGGCGUAAGAGAUCCCACUAUGCCCUCAUGGACCUGGACACAGGCAUCACGGCCUGGUGCCCACCUCAGGCCCGACACAAGGUCUUCGCGGACUACCAGUUGCUGGCAACCUGUCCUCUUUUGACUGCAAUUGCAAAUGGAGGGGAGCUCUUCUCGCAAACGCGUCAGGUCCAUCAGGACAGUGAACACCGCCUUCCAGGUGAGGAAGUUGGUUCUGGCGAGACUCACUUAUUGGACGAGGCUGGAGUGGCCUUCCUGAGAGCACAAGGGAAGCGAGACAAGGAACUGCUGAAAUCCAACCCUCUGGUUCAAAAAAGCGUGAACCGACUACCGUCCUACGGGAAUCUUUUGUCCCUCGACCACACCCUGCAAGCAGUGUUGAACGAUGGCCUCAAGCUUUUCACACCGGACGAGGAGAAGGACGACGCGCGUCCGUUGCUAGAUUUGCCAGCCCUGGUGUUGCAGUCAGAUCAGGGAUCUGACAUGGUGGCGCCUGUUUACUUUGCUCUGCAUCACUUGAAGCUCCGUCUGGCUUUCAUUCCGGACGUACGCCAUCAGCUUGUUCGUGUCAUGGCGAACGCGUGCAAGGCCGCCAAGCUGCAGGUACAGGUGGCCCUUUCGGACAUCAUUUUGACCGUGCUGCAGGGCCCUUGGUCCGACCACAAGUGGUGGCAGGUCGUUCGUGAACAGACCGAGGAGUACCUCAAGAUGGCCCGCAUGGAUGGCGACCCGUGCCACGCGUUGCUGCGGAAACUGAUGCCUGCCAUUGGACGUGAGCAAGGCUUGGGCCGCAUGGACGUCCACGUCCAGAACGUUCAUGAGUCCUUGGCGGAUGCCACUUUCCUGGUCCGCAAAGGAGUGAAUAAUACCAGUCGUUGGGACUCCUUCCAUGGCGGCUUCCAGGAACGGAAGUCCGAAUUCUCGCUGCUCCUCUUGAUUCUUCUUGUGUACGGCCUUCGGUUGGGCUAUGUGAAAUCGGAUACCCUGAGUGACUUGACACCGCUGGCAAAGACAGCAAAUGCCAGCGCUCAGGAUGAUGUGCCUUUGCGGAACGCGAACGCAGAGAAGCAGAACAUCAAAAAUGCUCUUUACGCUAGAUGUCGCAACAAAUUGCAUGUGGCAACCGUGAUCCUCGCAAAUUCUCAAGUCAUGAGCGAUUUGCACCUUUGGUAUUGGGCCUCCAGCCCAGUCAGAAAUGCUUUGAACCGGUGUCGCAAGGACAUCAAGGGUCGUGCCCACACAUUGGAUCACUUGAUGAACCUGGCAACUGGAGGGGGCCUUCGCAUCAUCAACGAGCUCGCAGAUGUCUGUCACAACGCAGAGGCGCUGCGUGAUGUAGGUAUCCUGCAGCAGGAUGAUCUGGCGGGCGUCGCUCGGUACACCUGUCCUGGGGAGAACUUCGAGGUUCGUCGUCAGGAUGACAUCAUGGAACGCAUGCUUUGGACAGUGCUGUGCUUGGUGCACCACAUGAUGCUUGAUCUGGGGCAUCACAUGUUUGGGUGGCCUUUGAGGUUUGCUGCUCUUCUGGACCCGGCUCAUGAGGCCGAAUGCCUUCAGGAGAUGAAGGAUGUCUGGGCGGCUUGGGAAGAUGCCCAAAAGAUGCCGGGACAGGCGUGGACCGCCAUUCGCAAACGAUCGCUGCUGGGAACGACAUUCUGCAGGGAUGUCUUUUUCAGGGUCCAGCGAGACGGAUGGAUUCUGACAAGUGAGACAAGACAAUUCCUCCAACAGUGCCUUUCUUGUUGGGGGUCGACCUACAACGAGGAGGCCUUCGGGGAGCUGAGGCAGCUGGAGCAGAGAGAGGGCAAGGUUCACCACAUGAGCCACGCAGAGGUUUGGUCAUCGGCCUCUGCAGGUCAGGUCAUGACCCGGUUCGGGUACCGGGAAGUGGUAGGAGAUGCAUCUGUAUUGGCACCUGAUCUGCCAGAUGGCCUUUUUCACACGAGGGCCAAGACAGCGAGCAUCCCGAAGAUUCGUGACAUCACAGGUCGGGCCACAUGGCCAUCGUUAAAGCCAUUGGACGCAGCACGCCUACCAGCAGAAGUUCAAUCCAUGCGAAUUCUGCACGCAAGCAAGAGAAUGCAAGAUGUCACGAUGACCUGGAGAACAAGUUUUCUCUGUCGCGGGAUGGUCCUCCGACAAACCAGCAAAAAGAAGGACUACAAGCUGUGCACCGGAGUGUGGCCCCAUGGUGCAAGUGCCCUCUUGCUUCCUUUGGAACGCUACGAGCUGAAGAAAGGGACCUUUGCCUUCAGAAUCCAAAAGCCACUGUCUCGGGACAAGCUGUCGUGGGGACACGUGUUCCAGUUUGCAGACUGGGAAGUGAUGAGGGCCAGAGUGGUGAGCCCAUUGCAUCUCGGCCACGCUUGUUCAUCCAAGGGCGCUUUCUCGGUUCCAUUUGGAGAGGGCCCAUGGAUAGAAGAAGACAAGACUGGCGUUCCACUGCUAAAAUACUGUGCAAUGAACGGGUUCUUCGACACUGACGCGAAGUCUUUGGAGCUGCUUUUGGAGGCAGGCACAGGUUAA